UAGCAUUUCUCAAAUUAAUAACAAAAAAUAUUACAACCUACACCAACGGUUCAUUUUGCUUUUUCCCGGUGACCUUGAAACGUGUUCUCUCUCUGAGAAAAUCUCAGAAGCCACCGUUGUCGUCACCGUCACCGUCUCCGCCAUGGAAGGAGGUGGAGGAACGCUCUCGGAGAUUCACCAAUCCGCGAAGAAGCUCCUGCUGAGGUCUCGCGACGGCCUCGAACGUCUCGAACGCCUCGAGUACUCUGCCGCCGCCGGUGCCGCCUUCUCGGGCGCCGACUCCGAGCUGUCUUUCGCCGUGAAGAAGGAUAUCACACAGAUCCAAACCCUCUGCGUCGAGAUGGACCGACUCUGGCGAUCCAUCGCCGCAAAACCUCAGCGCGAUCUCUGGAAAAGAAAAGUGGAACAAAUAGCUGAAGAGGCUGAAUCACUGAGAGCAAGUUUGGAUAAAUAUAACUUACGGAAUCAGAAACGAAUGAGAGAAGCUAAUGAGAGAACAGAACUCUUGGGACGAGCUAAUGGGGAUUCUGCUCAUGUUUUGAGAAUUUAUGAUGAGGAGGCACAAGCAUUACAGUCAGUUCGCUCUUCUUCCCGGGAACUGGAAAAUGCAAAUGCUCUUGGGGAGGCCAUCCUUUCUUCAAUACAUGGCCAAAGAGAACGCUUGAAGAGUGCACAUCGAAAAGCAUUGGACAUCCUCAAUACAGUGGGAAUAUCAAACUCUGUUUUGAGGCUAAUUGAGAGACGAAACCGAGUCGACCAGUGGAUCAAAUAUGCAGGAAUGCUAUUGACUGUCGUUUUCCUGUUCGCGUUUAUUAUGUGGAGACAUUGAUCAUUCUCAGAUGUUGAAAAAUUGAAAUUUCUGUUUAUGAGAGAGCAUAUAAAAGUGAAAUACAAAGUAUAUUUGGCUGAAAUGCGAAACCUAAACAGUUUGUGCAUCAUGAGGUAACACAGAGCUGCUCUGCUUAUAAAUCUUGUUAUUGUUGCACGAUAGGUACUUAACUGAAAACAUAUGUUUUAGGCUACUUUUGAUUUGAAGUAUCUAUUUUUAUUUUCAAUAUUAAAGUUCAAACCCAAGAGAUGCUUGAUAAAGCAAA